AUGUCGUCGGAACAAGAGCUUCAAAUCAAUCCCGUUGUUGGGGACUCAAUCGUCCAUAACAACAAGGUCCUCACCAAUCUCCACAGCCUGACAGCGUCUCUCUUUGGUGUCAGCGCAGGGAUUCUUGGCCUCGAGUCCUAUUACGGCUUCUUGUUCUACAUCGUCUUCUCAAUAAUAACAACCAUUCUGUUCUACACCUUUCAGCUGGCGCCGGGCUCUCUGGCAGAGGGACGCAGCGUCGUCGACACCAGUCGGUAUUACAGAGGCGCCCUUGAUAUCUGGACAGGCGGCAUAACGAAUGGAUUGCCUGGAUUCAUUCUGACAUGGACAUUAUUCUACGGAUUAGUGAGAGCAUAA